AUGACUUAUAAUUUUGAAUCUGAAUUAUCCGAAGCGUUUGGUCAAUUACUCAAAAUAGAAACGGAUUAUAAUGUUAUCAUUUACAUUGGAAAAGAACCUAAUUUUAAGGAAUUUCAUGCCCAUUCUUAUAUUUUACGCUGUAGAUCUGAAUAUUUUAAUAAAAUAUUAUCCUCAAAGAAUAUCGAAAAAAAGGACGGAAAAUAUAUAACUAAAUUAACAAAUAUUUUUCCACAUGUUUUUGAUGCUAUUCUUAAGUACCUUUAUACUGGUAAAAUUGACAUUGUUAAUAAAACUGGAAUUGAGCUAUUGAAUUUUAUGUUUGCCUCUGAUAAAUUAAUGUUGAAAAAAUUAUCUAAACUUAUUGAAGACUCUAUUAUUAAAAAUCAACAACCAUUCUUGCAAAGUGACCCAAUUGGAAUUCUUCUAAUUAUUUAUUAUUGUAAAUCACUUGCUAAUUUACAAGGAUAUUGUUUGGAUAAAAUUUGUUCUGAUCCAGGAAUUUUAUUCAACUCUGAUAAAUUCACUCAAUUACCUGCUCCUUUAUUGGAAAUUAUUAUAAAACGUGAUGACUUAAAUUUAGAAGAAAUUGAAAUUUGGGAAAUUUUAAUUAAAUGGGGAUUAGCUCAAGAGCAAGUACUUAAUAAAGACAUUUCUAAAUGGAACCAUGAUGAUAUUAAUAUAUUUAAGAAGAUUCUAUCCAGAUUUAUGCCUUUGAUUAGAUUUUAUGAAAUCUCUACUGAAGAUUAUUUUAACAAAGUUAAACCCUAUGAAGAUAUUUUUUCUAAAGAAUUGAGAGAUGAUAUUUUAAAAUUUUAUAUGAUUUCUGGAUAUAAACCAAAAUAUACACCAAGGCAUCCAAAAUGUGAUGUAGACUCUAUCAUAAUUAAUCAAAAGCACAUUACACUCUUUGCAAAUUGGAUUGAUAAAAAGAAAGAAAAUGACGAAUAUAAUAAUGAUAUCCCUUAUAAAUUUAAUCUCUUGUAUAGAGCUAGCAGGGAUGGUAAUACAGCUGCAGCAUUUCACGCUAAAUGUGAUAACAAAGGAGCUACUAUAGUUGUAUUAAAAAUUACAAUUUCAGAAAAAUUAAUUGGAGGAUAUAAUCCACUUUUUUGGGAUUCAAGUAAUGGUUCUAAGCCUACAAAAGAUAGUUUUAUAUUCUCAUUUACGAAUAAAAAUGAUCUUCAGAAUGCAAAAGUAGUUUACAGUAAUGGUGGUCGAUAUUCUAUACAAGGUUAUAAAAAUUAUGGUCCAAUAUUCGGUUAUGGUGAUUUAUAUUUAAAUUUUAGUAAAGGACCUAAUGUUUGGAACCAUAGCCAUAGAUCUUCAAAUUCUUAUCCUUCACUGGAUUUACCAGAUAUUAUUGAUGUAGAUGAUUAUGAAGUAUUUCAAGUUAUUAAAAUAUAA